GGGAGGGGAGGGGAGCAAAAUCCCUCCAAAUCACACAUUUUGCGUUCCCCCGAAUCGGGGGACUCGGAGGGGAGGGGAGGGGAGGGAAUGUGACUGUUGAUAUUUAACAAAUUAAUAUAUUUACUAAAAUACCCUCAAUUUUAUUUUAUUAUUUCAAAAUUAUUAUUUUCUUUCGUCUGCUUUUUUUCUUUCUCUAUUGCUUAUAUCAAUUUAUUAUAAUUAUUUUUUACUUUUAAUAUUAUGUGGUAAGUUAUAAAUUUUUAAUCAUUAAAGAUUACAAAUAUUAUUUUCAAAAAAUUAUUUAUGAAAUUUUCAACUUUGAAUAUCAUAUCAGUUAUAUAAAAUCAUAAGGAUAAAAACGUAAACUAUUAAUAAAACUCCUCCCCUCCCCUCCCCCUCAUUUGAACCAAACAGACCCUAAGAGUACUCCAAAAUUAUAGAGUAUUUAAAAUAUUUUUUUUUAAGCCGUAAAUCAUAACACAGCUAUAUUAAAUCAAUAUUAACCCUAAUAAUUAAUAUCUUUGAUUCUCGUUUUACAUUGCAGUUCCUAAUUGUACUACGUCAGAAGAAUGCUUAAUUAGUCAAUGUUACUUUCAUGCAACCCCUUUAUGUUAUGUGGGUCGAUGUUUUUGCAUUUACUAUUAGAGACGAACUCGGUAAUUUCAUUGGAGCUGGAGUGGCAUGGGAUCCAGGUAAUCUUUCUGUUCUUGAAGCGGAAGUUUUAGCCCUCAAAGAAGCUAUCCAAGGUGUUAUUCCGUUAAAUAUUGAUCGGGUUAUUUUCGAAAGUGAUUCCCUUCAAGUGGUGCAAGCUUUUCACUCUGUUACCGUAGGAUUUUCAGAGUUUUAUACUAUAAUAAGAGAUAUUCAGUUCUUAUUACAAAAUUUCCCCAACUUUGAGGUAAAGUUUGUCAAACGUCAAGCAAAUAUGGUUGCUCACUCGUUACCGAAGACGGCCAAUUCUUGGGUUAGGCGUAGUAUUAUGAAUGUAAUUCUUCCUUGUAUUGAACUUUUGAUUAUGAAUGAAAAAAGUUAGUUUUGCUUUGGUAAAAAAAAAAAACAAUAAUUUUUUUUUAUGUCCUCCUUCCAGAAAUAUUAACUAUUUACAUUUUAGUAGAUAGAAAUUUAAUUGAGGAUAUAUUAAUUGUUGUGUUAUCUUUGACAUAAAAAAAUUAAAUGCAGUUAAUUAUUAUU